AUGGUUGGGAAAGAGAACCAGAAAAAAAUGAAUGCAGAGAUAGAAAGGAUGAAAAUCAAGGGUAAUUUCAGUAAUGAUAGUCCAGCUCCAUCUCCUCUUCUGAAUCCACCUGGAAUUUCUGGCAGUCUUCUGUCAGUGUAUUGCAACACAGUUGUAAUUAUCUUCAACAUGAUGAUACCUGAAUCCUCUGCUUGUUUAGGAUACUGUGUGAUGUUCCUUCUCCUGAAAGCAUUAACAUUAACAUCAGGAAAAUUGAUGGUAACAAGUCUCACAGGACAAUCAAUUGCUACAGUGAGUGGACAGGCUGAACUCAGCUGCCAGUUGUCUCCACCACAGAGUGCAGAACACAUGGAGGUGCUCUGGUUCCGGGGUGACCAUUCCAAAACUGUUCACCUAUAUAGAGGGGGCUAUGAAACGAAGGAAGACACUUCCCCAGAGUACAUGGGCCGCACAGAGUUGCUGAAAGAGGCCUUUGGAGAGGGCAAAGUGACCCUCAGGAUUCAUAAUAUCAGCAUUUAUGAUGAUGGGCAAUACCAGUGUUCAUUUAAAGAUAGUGGUUUCUAUGGUGUGGCCAACAUGAACCUGAGUGUGAUAGCACAAGGAGUAAAGACACAAAUCCAAGUUCAGAAUUCUGGCAUUGGUGUAGUCAUGGUUGUAUGUGACUCAGGAGGGUGGUAUCCAAAGCCCAACGUGGAGUGGAGGGACCAAAAAGGAGAGAGAAUCCCACAUUCAUCAACAUCCUACUCACAAGAUAAAGCUGGAUUCUUUCACAUGACGACCACUCUUCUUGGAAACAAUUCACUGGUCAAUUUGACUUGCUACAUUAGCAAUCCUCUCACAGGUGAAGGGAGACGAACAAAUAUCAUUCUAGAAGACAUGAAGGGUGAAGGUCCAAGGUCGACCGAAAAAGACUAUGCCCUGUGUGUCCGCAUCUACACUUACCUACCAUCUCCAUAG